AUGGCCCGACAAUCACCUUUUAUGUCGUCGGCUCAGUUUAGUUAUCCAACUAAUUAUCAACAACGUGAUACUCGGUACACAAAUAAUUCAACUAUUGAUACACCAAUGGCAUUAAAUCGACGUCCAUCGUUACUUGCCGGUUAUCAUAAUCAUUUUGGUAGUCCAGAAAGAACUUCUAUAGCUCCAUAUUAUCCUUCAUUAGCACCCAUACCUAUGGGACCACAUGUUGAUGAACAUUCAAAACGAUCACGUUAUCCAACAGGUGGUAAUCUAUCAGUGAAUUCACAAUUAUUACCAUUAUCAGUUGAAGUUAAAAAGGAACAACAAGUCUAUCAACCACAAACAGAAGCUAUAUCACCAACACCUGAUGAUCCAAAAAAUGAUUCAAGCAUGAGAGAUUCAACAAUAAUACGUAAUGCAAUAUCGAAACUUGAAGCUGAGAUUGAUACAACUAUGAAAAAACUUCAUCGUGCUAAACUAAGUCAGAGUGAAAUUAAAAGUCAAGCUGAUAGAUCAGCUGCAGAUGAAGACAAUGAUGAUCAAGGUGAUUUACUUCAAACAAAUGGUUCACAGACACUUAUUGAAAAAAUUCUUCAUGAUAAUCGAAAAAAAGCUGAAGAUAGUCAGAAAAUGUUAAAUCAUUUAAAUAAUAAUAUCGAUUUAACUAUUCCACUCUAUCAAGAACCAAGUGAUCUUAAAUCUAUACAAAGGAUUCGAAUACAAUAUAUAAAUAUAAUGAAGAAUCGUUUAAAAGAAUCAUUUAAAAAGAAAUAUGAAAUAUGUAAUAAAGAAAUAAAAUGUGAAAGUAAUAAAUAUGAUAAAAUCUAUCAAGAAUGGCAAAAAUCAAUUGAAAAAGAUGAAAAAAUAAUUUUAAAUAAAGAUCUAACAGCAUAUCGUGAAACAUUUGAAAAAACAUUUCCGGAAUUACGUAAAACACGAGAAGAUAAAGAAAAAAAACAAGCAACUACAAAUGAUACAUCAACAACUGAACAACCAGUUUCAUUAAAUACAAAUACUGUUGAACAAGACACUGAAAUUCAAGAAGAAAAAAUGCGUAAAUCAUCUAUUGUACCACCCGUUAUUUAUGAUAAAUGGCAACGUAGACAUCCAUAUUUUAAUCAAAAUGGUGUUAUAAGACGUGAUGCAGCUGAAUUUUAUAAAGAACGUAUUAAAAUGCCCUAUUGGUCAUCAGAUGAAAAACAAAUAUUUAUUGAAAAAUUUACUCAAUCACCAAAAAAUUUUGGUUAUAUAUCAUCAUUUCUUGAAAAUAAAACAACUGAACAAUGUGUACAAUUUUAUUAUAUGACAAAGAAAACUGAAAAUUAUAAAAAUCUAUUACGAAAACAAACACAAGCGAAUAGACGACGAGCAAAACAAAAUGCAGCAGCAGCAACAACAACAACAGUUACAUCAUCAACAACGAUUGAAACAACAUUGGUUACUAAAGUAACAUCUUCGAAUACAAUUGUCUCAUCAACAUCACAACAAAUGCUUGGACGAACAAUUACACCAACAACUGGAGGAGAACAAGAUAUGGAACGUUCAACAAAUCGAUUAGAAAAUAAUGAAGAACGAAGUGAGACAAAUCCCGGUGAUGGAAAUGAAGAAAAACGAUCAAAUAAAAAUCGAUGUCAAUUACUUUCAUGUACAACAGAAAAAUUAGGUAAAAAGAAAAAUCGUAAAAAUCGUUUACGUGCAUUUCCAACAAAAUGGAAUGAUUUAACAAAACAAAAUCGUGAAGCUAUACGUCGUUUAUUACAAAUUCCUCCAAAUGUUCAACGAUGUUGUACACGUUGUUAUGAAAAAUUAAUUGCACAAAUUCGUCAAACUCAAAAUACUACUCCAUCCGUAGGUGAAGGCGGAGAAGAAGAAGAAGAUGAUGAUGAUGAAUCAUCUAAAAUUCAAUCGACUACAACAGAUGAACAAAGUUCUAAACAUAAUGAUGAUGAAUGGACUGAACAUGAAAUAAAUGCAUUUACAGAAGCACUAGAUAAAUUUAAUAAUAAUUGGUCACAAAUUGCUGAAUAUGUUCAUCGUAGUGAACAAAGUUGUCGUGCUUUUUAUCAGAAACAUCAUACAAAAAAUGGUUUAAUUGAUGAUGAACAUAAUAUCGAUGAAGAUAAUGUAAGUAUAUCGGGUUCAGAAGAUCAAUCGCGUCGAAUAAUUCAAUUAAAAGAAGAAAGAAAUGAACAAAUCAAUGAAGAUACUGAAGAUAAUCCACAAAAGACAAUAACUAAUGAUGAUAGUAAUGAUUCAAUACAUGGAAUGAUUAUUGAUGAAGCUGAUGAGCAAACAUCAAGAAUUGAAAAUAAAAAUAUUAAAGUAGAAACAAAUUUACCAUCAACAGAUUUAACAACAAUAAAUUCUCUUAUUGAAAGAGAAAUUUCGAAAACAUUAAAUGAAACAGAAAAACGUUUAUCAAGUAAUAAUAGUAAUAAUACUAUUUCUCCUGAUAAACUUCAAUUAACAACUACAAAUAAUUCUACUCAACCACCACCACUUGUUACAUUAACGAAAUCACAUUCGCCAUCAAUUCAUGCUCAUAAUCAACAAACAUUUAUAAAUAAAGGUUCAAUUAUGCGUGGAACACCUAUAUCACCAUCAAAUAAACCAAUAUCUAUUGAUACAUCAACGAAUCAUCCACAUAUGCAUCCACAUCAUUAUUCUAGUCCAAGAAAUGAUUAUCCUCAUCAUCCAUCACAUAUAAAAUCUUCAAAAAUAUUAGAUCAACAACAUUUAUAUUCACAACAACAAGCUGCUUAUUUACGUCAUUAUUCUCAUCAACAAGGUGCACAUAGUAAUUUUCCACCAUCAAAUUCAUCACAAUAUAUACAACAACAGCAACAGCAGCAACAACAACAACAACAACAACAACAACAAUAUAAAUCGCCUUCAAUUAAUAAUCAACAACCAUCAACAAAUACAAAUAAAUCUACUGGAAUUGAUACAUCCAAUACAGAUACAUAUGAAACAUUAAGAGCUGAUUUUGUUACAUCAAGAUAUCUUACUACAACACAUUCACCAAAUCAUGAACGAAUGCGACAUAUAUUUUAUUCUAGUCAAUCUCGACACCCAUCGGAACAACGAUCUCCAUCACAUCCAUUAUCAUCGACAUCAAAUACACAACAAUUACUUCCUCCACCAACAGCAAUUAUACCAUCAUCAUCCAAUUCUUCUAUACAAUCAUCAUCAUCAUCAUCGUCAUCAUCACAUCAUACUCAACAACAACAUGCCGCAAUUUUAGCAGCAUCACAAAUUCUUGCUUCAUCUGGCAUGCAUCCACAAGAAAUACUUGCUAGUGGUCUCAUACCAUAUCCACAUUAUUAUAAUUCAUUACCCGGUGCUUCAUUUUAUGUUGAUCCACGUCUUAUGCAUGAUUUUAAUGCAGUUACCAAUAAUGAACAAUUAAAAAAUCUACGUACUAAUCGUCAUCUUCCCUAUGGAUCAACUCAUUCACCGCCUGAUCCUUCAGCAUAUCCGAGUCAAUCAUCUAAACGACAGUCACAUGAAAAUAUGGAACAUGCACGAUAUCCCCCAGGUGAUUAUGCAUCAUCUAUAUGGCGUACACAAAAUUUAAAUAAUAAUCAACAAAUGCAUUCACAAUUAAAAUCUAAUCCUACAAUAAAUGAAAAUCCUUUACUGAAAAUUAAUGAAAUGUCUCGUCAUUCAGCACGUCUCAGCUCAGCAGCAGAUCGAGAUGCUCGAUCGCCAGAAGAUAGUCAUCAUCGUAUUAAUCAAUCACGUGCAACAGUUGAAAGUCCAUCAAUUCAUUAUCAACGAGCUGAAGCACAUAAUCAUCAUAAAUCUUCAUCAUCUCAUGAAAAAUUAAAUCCAAAUUCACAUUUUUCUGAUCAUCCACCAGAUCCAAAUUCUUCAUCUUAUAUAAGACAACAACCUACUAAUAUUCAUAAAUCUCAUAGUAGUCUUCAUUCUCCAUAUGCAUCUACAUCAACAAAUCGAUCAUCAUUAGCUCCACCUUCGCAAAUUUCUCCUCAUCAUGGAUCGCCUUAUAUGUUUCAUCCUUCGUCAGUAGGUACAAUUUCACCACAUCAUCUUCAAACGCAUUAUUCUCAACAACAACAACAACAACAACAACGAUCAUCACAUCAUAACGAAUCAACUCGAACUGCUAAAGAAUCAAUAUCCAUUCAAGAUUUUAUGAAAAAAAGUGUUACUGAAUUUGUUGCAUCAACAAAUAACGGUAAUAAACCUGUAAAUACCGAUUUAUCCUUAUCAGAAAAUUCCAAUAGUCAGUUACCACGUACAUUUCUUCCAACAACCACAACUGGAACUAAAUCUAUCGAUAAUUCUGAUCAACCAAUUUUAAUUGACGGUGAUGAUGAUUCAAAUUCUAAUCGUGAACAAAAUGAAUCAAUAAGUGAGGGAAAUUCGAAAUCUCGUUCAAGUCAAGAUACAAAUAAAUCAACUAUGGAAAACGAUCUACCUGAGAGACGUCGUGAUAGUUCAAUAAAAAAGAUUCUUUCAAAUCAACCAUUAGAAAAACAAGAAUAUGUUGAAAUCAAUCAAAAAGUUCAAAACAGUACUGUUGGUGCAUCAAAAGUUCAUUCAAAUAAUGAUUUAAAUGGAUUAGAACGUGCAAAUAGUACUGGUGGACGUGAAUCUACACGAUCACGAGGUUCAAUUACAAUGCGAAUGUUAAUGGGCGCAAAUGGAAUUUAUGCGGAUGGAAAAGCUCAACCACCAACAGCAAAUGAAGGUACAAAUGAACAACCGAAUAAACGUGCUGCAUCUCCAAAUGAUAAGAGUCAAUCAUUAGAAUAUUUAAUACGUGGAGAACUGAUCCGAGCAUGUCCAACAUUACCAAAAACAGAUGAAUCAGCAACAAUAUUUCAAAAUCGUCGUUUAUCACCAACGAUACAGCAACAAAGAUUACCAUCAAAUCAACAACAGCAGCAACAACAACAGCAACCAGUAUCAAAACGAAUGAAAACAUCACCAAAACAUGAAUCAUCAUCAAAUAAUGAACAACAUCAUUCAUCAUUUCAUCAAACAUAUGAUACAUCAACAAAUGUUCGUGAUCCAUUUGCUUUACAACCACAUUCAAAAACAUCUCAUCAAACAAAUCGAUCAUCAGCGUCAUCAUCAUCAUCACCAUCAUCAUCAAAUAUCGAUAGAAAUUGGCAAUCCUAUGUUCAACAACAAUAUCAUCAGUCAUUUGGAUCACGAUCAUCACGUCCAACAAUGAUGAAUUCAGGUUCAAUAACACAAGGUAGUCCUAUUUCACCACCAACACGUUUAUCAACGGAUCAACCACAAUAUCCAUCAACAGCAAAUAAUCAACUUGUCAAUCCACGUUAUUCAUAUUAUUUAAAUAAAAAUGAACAACAAUUUUCACCAUCAAGACAAUCAUCUACAUCACCACUUGAUCCUUCAUCAAAAGAGAAACUUGCUCGCAGAGCACAACAGACACUUGUAUCUCCAUCUGAUUCUCAUCUUGAAACAUCAUUAUCAAUAAAUGUUGAUCAAACAUCAAAUGUUAAAAGUCCACCUAUAAAUUCAACACAAACAAAUACUAGUAGUAAUACUCCACCAAUAGCAACAUCACCAAUUUCAUCAUCAGCAUCUCCAACAACAUCGAUUUCAUCAAAUAAUGCACAUCCACUUAAGAAACGUUUAAUUAGUGAAUAUGAACAUGAACAACAACAACAACAACAACAACGAAAUUCACCUGCUACAAUAUCUCCUGUUGUAUCAACAUCUACACCACCUCCAUCGACAUCAACAAAAACGGAAACAAUAGAAGAAUCAAAUCCUAAUUCAAGUAUUGAAAAUAUAUCUGAUACUGAAACAACUAAAGAAAUUGUUUCGAAUCCAGCUGAAGAAAAUGAUUCUUCAACAUAA